AAGACCAAGUUGUUUUGAAUUAUUGGUAUGCUCGUGAAUAUUUUGAGAAUGAAUUGGAAAUUAUCAUGUCAACAAAUUUUAAAUUGGCAAAAAAUUGUGAUUUUUGGUUUUAUUUGUUUGUUAGUCUAUCAGAAAAUUUUUAAAAAUUUGGGUUCCUCUGAUCGAAGUACCAAAUCUUUAUUGUUCGAAAAUUGGCCAUUUCAUAGUGGAAAAUCGCUAUGUGCUGCAAAUCCACCGAAUUUAACUGGUGCAAUUGAUGUCGAUUUAGAGGUCGAGUCCAUUGAAGCAAUUAACCAAAGAUUUGGUCACCUAUUGAAGCAAGGUGGAUUUUAUGCGCCAAAAAAUUGCACCGCAAGACAUCGUGUUGCUAUCGUUACACCGUUUCGUGAUCGAGCAGAUCAAUUACCGAUCUUUUUGAAAAACUUGCAUUCACUAUUGAUGAAACAACAGAUUGAGUAUGGAAUUUUCGUAGUAGAACAAACACCCGGCCCCCAAUUUAAUCGCGGCACUCUCUUCAACGUUGGAUUUGUUGAGGCUAUGAAAAUGAGGCGAUGGGAUUGUUUCAUAUUUCACGAUGUAGAUCUGAUUCCACUCAAUGAUCACAAUCUUUAUACUUGCCCAACGAAAAAUCCACGACACAUGGCUGUUUCUAUGAAUACAUUUGAAUAUGUACUACCAUAUGAUGAAUAUUUUGGCGGAGCGACUGCAUUUACUGUUGAACAAUUCAAAAAGAUAAAUGGACAUUCAAAUUUAUUCUGGGGAUGGGGCGGUGAAGAUGAUGAUGUUUUUAAUAGGGUCGUGAAUGCCAACUAUACCAUCGAAAGGUAUCCCAAGGAAAUAUCCAAAUAUAUCAUGCUUUCACAUGAUGUUCCGGAUAGUAAUCCAGAUCGCUUCAAUGUCUUACACAAAGCCAAAUUUAUUUACAAAACAAAUGGAUUAAAUUCAGUAAAAUAUCAUUUAAAAAAUCUUCAAAUCAAACCAACAUAUACUUGGAUACUUGUUGAUUUAAUUCCCGAAGAGAUGGGCGGAGUAUCAGAGCAACGAUCUCGUAUUGUAUAAAUUGCGGCCAUUUUCAAGUGAUGACCAUUUAUUUUACCUUUCAUAAAAGAGAGACUGAGCCCCACCAUGUGGGAUUUCAAAGAAAUUUGAAAAAAAAAUUACCAAAUAAAACUCUUUUAUUUCAA